CGUAAUGUUUCUUUACGCGAAUACGGAAACAACUUGUGGUGAGUCCCAAAGAUAUCCUUUCGAAUUCAGCCUUUGUAAAACCAUUCAAAGUUCUACGUAGCUAUAGACAAGUUAAGUUAUAAGUGCUUGAUAAUGUGUGCAUAUUUGGAUGAUCAUGCUUCGCAUUUCGAUGAUGGGAUUUUGAAUGUGGUGAAGGUAGAAGUUGAAUCUUCGGAUGAGCUUGGGGUUGAUGAGAGAGACGACCGCUCUGCCUCGACCGGCGGGGAAGGUUCCGCGGAGGAGGACUACGAAACCCGCUACCCGGAGGGCGACGUAACAGCUGGCGAACUUGGACUCGACGAUAAUCAUGAUCGCAGUGUUCCAACAUGGAUGCUUAAAAGAGUAUUGAAUGAAGACAAAAAUGACAUGGAGACUCGCAUUUAUAACAAGAAAGAACUUCAAUGUAUGGUAGAAAAUGUCAAUGACUCCCGUGUCUCGUUUGAACCAUUCACCAAUAAGAAAAUCCCUGUUUUUGACAAGUUUGUCCAAAUCUUUGUUGAUGGUAAAAAACAGCAAUAUACAGCAUGUGUUGAGUGCCGCACCCUCAUUAAAUAUUUAUCACGUGAUGGCACUCGAGGCUUACACCAGCACAGUUGCCCUCACAACAGAUCACACAGAACAAAGGCAAAAAAGGAGGAUAAUAUUAAUAAAGGUGUAAUGUCGGAGCCGGAGGUUGUACAUGAGGAGAAUUCAACAAAAAGUGACAGUAGACCUAUUUUUACUUCCAACUCAAACCACGACAGCCAUGCUCCAUGCGAUGGUAUUCGAACUAGAUACUCUUCUAGUGCUUCCAACAACAUUCCAUUGAUGGUGCCUUCAAACUCAAAGUCUGCAAAGACAAAGCGGGCCCCAAUUGAUGACGUGACUCAGAGCCUUGGACCAAGAGUGAAGAACAGGGUCCGAUCAGCAUCUCCUUCUCCCACAAUGCCAAUGGCCAAGAAAAAGAGGCGAUUUAAGACUUCUGCAAACAAUUAUUUCUUCGGCUUUGAAGAAGGGAUGAGUUCUCCAGUUAUACCACCUCCGAAGCAUGUCCUACAUAGCACCUUCCAUCAUGAAGUAUUACGAUCAUGGCAGAAUAUUGAUACUACCAUUACACCAGAUAAUCUAGUAUACCCUCUCUUUAUCAUAGAUAACCCAGAUCAAGUAGAGCCUGUUUCUAGUCUCCCGGGAGUAAGCAGAUAUGGUGUGAAUACCUUACAGGCAGCGCUUACUCCACUAGUAGCAAAUGGACUCAAAUCAGUUUUGCUUUUCGGCGUGCCAACCGGAUUGCCCAAGGAUCCAAGAGGGUCAAGUGCAGACAGUGAAGACACUCCGGUUGUUCAAGCCAUUCAAAUGAUAUCGGAGAAAUUCCCUCAACUUUUAAUCUGCUGUGAUGUGUGUUUAUGUGCCUAUACCAGCCAUGGUCACUGUGGUAUACUUAAUGAGGAUGGUACGUUAGACAAUACUGCAAGCAUUCAGAGGUUGGCUGAGGUUUCUCUGACAUACGCUCAGGCUGGUUGUCAUGUUAUAGCGCCCUCAGAUAUGAUGGAUGGUAGGAUAGGUGCCAUCAAGAAUAUACUCAUGAUCAAUGGCUUGGGUAACAAAGUAUCGGUGAUGAGCUACAGUGCAAAGUUUGCAUCUUGUUUCUAUGGUCCGUUCCGUGAUGCGGCCAAGUCAGCACCAAGCUCAGGGGACAGAAGAUGUUACCAGCUUCCCCCAGGCGCCAGGGGACUUGCUAUGAGAGCUGUGGAUCGUGAUGUAGCAGAAGGAGCUGAUUAUUUGAUGGUGAAACCGGGCAUGCCUUAUCUUGAUAUUGUAAGGGAUACAAAGGAAAAGCAUCCGCAUCUGAAGCUUGCCAUAUACCAUGUAUCGGGAGAGUAUGCCAUGCUGUACCAUGGGGCUCUACAGGGAGCUUUUGAUCUAUCAAAGGCCGUCAUGGAGGCUGUCAGGGGGAUGAGAAGAGCGGGAGCAGAUAUCAUUAUUACCUACUAUGUGCCUAACAUUCUGGAUUGGAUCAAGAACGUCUAGGAGGGACCGGUGUGACAUAUCAAUCAGCUCUUACAAAUAGAGAUAAUCUUUUAUAUAAAGGUAUAUUUGUUGGUACUUAAAAAUGAUCUUGAACAUAUUGUCUCCUGCUAAUGGGCAGUUCCUGUACAAAGUCUAUGGGAAUGGCAGUUUUUUGGUAGUCGAUGGAUUAUGGUACUCACAGUUUGCAGUCCUACUUGUACUUAUCAAACUUGUGACAGAUAAAUUAUUUUGAGUACCAUAUAAAGAGCAGAGAAAUAUGAUAGGUUAUUUGUUGUGAUCAAUGAAUGUUAUUUCAUUUAAUUCAAACCUGAUCACGAUUUAA